AUGAAAAUAGGCUUAAAAUUAUGGGGUUUAAUCUCGCUUAUCAUUGUAUUGAUUCAACCAUCAUUAUCCAGUAGUUUAUCAUCAUCCUCAAGUAGUAGUAAUACCCUCAACCAACAAUGUCAUAUCCCUUCGAAGCAAACUCAAUAUUCCACCUCUUGUGAAUAUAUCAAAGAUAAUUGUGAUUCAAAUUACUUUCUCAUAUCAACUUUCUACUAUUGUUCCCAAUACUCUCACUCCAUACCUUAUCUUUUACUAGUAUCAGCCCUUAUUAUGAUAGGUUUAACUAUCAUUCUUAUAUCAUUAAGUAUCUUGGUAUCCAAUUAUCUUUUCAAAAAUUUAAAUGAUUUAACCAAACGAUUACAUAUCAAUAAUCAAAUUUUAGGAUUCAUGUUAGUCCCCCUCACCAAUACAUUCCCUGAUUUAAUCAAUUAUAAUAUCGCUUUGAAUGUUGGAUCUUCAGAUUUGGUCAUUGGACAAUUGGUGGGUUCGAUAUUUAUCACAUUCACUAUCAUUGUGGGAUUGAUUUGUAUUAUGAAUGGUCCAUUCCUAGUCAUUCAUAAACGUAUGAUGUCGAUUGAUUUCAUUUGGGUAUUGAUUAUCCUUGUGAUUUUCUUUCAUAUCAUGUCAGAUGGGAUAAUAACUUUAGUGGAAUCCGUUGUUAUGGUGAUUUGUUAUGGGGCAUAUAUCAUAUUCUUAUGUUAUUUCGAUAAAGAAAAAUUAUCAAAUGAUGAUGAACAUCAAGCAUUAUUAAUUUAUCAUACUGAUCAUAAUAAUAUUCAACAACAGUAUCUUCAUGAACAGUUCAAUAUCGAAGAUGCAUUAAGUAUCUUAUCAAACGAAGAACAUCAAUUAAGUAAUCCGUCCACCAGAUCAUCCAGUCCAAUCUUACUCGAACCUGAAUCCCCAUCUGAAAAUUCCAUCUCAAUCUCACAAUACAUUGUAAAUAGCAUCGAUAUGAUGUUUUGUAUAUUAGUCCCAUUAACCUUGCAUGAUGAAGAGUUUAAUGAGACUCAUUGGAAAUUCAAACUUUAUCAAUGGAAACCAUUCCAUUAUUGGUUUUAUGUUGAAAUCCCCAUCCUUUUAAAUUAUCAAUUUUUAAAAUUAGAUUGGAUAACUUUCAUCCCCUAUUUAAUCAUCACUAGUAUAUGUCUACAUUUAAUAUCAACGUUCAUCCUUUCAAGUUAUCCCAAUUUACGUCAUUGUCUCAUCAAUAUCAUGGGAAUUAUCAUCUCAUUAAUCAUAUUAUCAGAAUUCACGGUCGAGAUAUUAAAAAUAUUAAAGAAUUUCGGUCUCAUUUGGAGAAUUUCAGAUUAUUUAUUAGGGUUAUUAGUAUUUUCCAUAAGUAAUUCUAUAAAUGAUUUAAUUACAAAUUUAACUAUCUCCACUAAGAUAAAUCCUAUCUUGGGGAUAAAUGCAUGUUUAGGAUCACCAUUAAUUGUGAUUUUAUUAGGGAUUGGAUUCAAUGGAUGUUUAGUGAUUGGGAAAUCGAUCACUCAUGAGCCUAUAAGAUUCAACUUAAGUAUAAAUGUGGUAGUCAGUACCGUGGCAUUAAUCAUUACGGUGAUGUUUUAUUUGAUUUAUAUUCCUUUGAAUCAUUGGGUGUUUGAUAGACGGGCAGGGAUAAUUUUACUUAUUUGGUAUGUAUUUAUAACGGGAUUGAAUUGUUAUUUAGAGAAAUGA